AUAGUCUGUGGUUCGCAAAAUUUUUACAAUUCGUACGUAAAUCAAAAUUCCAACGUUAGACCCCGAAGCAAAGCAUGUUACGCCGCUGCAAGCGCUAUGGACAGAGCUUUGCUCACCAGGCUCUACGCUAUUAUGCGAAGGAUGUGCGCUUUGGCGUCGAUGCGCGCAAUAUGCUGUUAAAGGGUGUCGAUGUUAUGACCGAUGCCGUGAGCUCCACUCUAGGUCCCAAGGGACGCAACGCCAUUAUAGAGCGUCUGUUGGGCUCCCCACGUAUUACAAAGGACGGCAUAACAGUGGCGGACAAUGUGCAGCUGCAAGAUAGGGGCGCCAAUGUGGGUGCCCAAUUGAUUCGCCAUGUCGCGAAUAAUACAAACAAUGGAGUGGGCGAUGGGACCACAACGGCCACCAUACUGGCCCGUAGCAUUGCGAGCCAGGGCUGCGAGCUAAUACAUGAGCGGGGCGCCAAUGCGCAGCAGCUGCGCGAAGGAGUCCUGCGAGCGGCGCAAGAGGUUUGCGCAGCACUAACGCGCAUGUCGCAGCCGCUGGAACGCAUUUGGGAGGUGGAGGCAGUGGCACGAAACGCUUUAAACGGUGAUGUGAAGCUAGCGGGUCUCAUUGGCGAUGGCAUUUAUGAGUUGGGGGAGCGCGGCGUAUUUCUGCUAAAGGAUAGUAAGACUCUAAACGAUACGAUUGAAGUGCUCGAAGGUGUGACUAUCGAGCAGGGCUAUAUAUCACCGCGUUUCCUCAAUCAGCCGACAGCCCACAAGGUUGAAUUUACCAAUGCAUUACUCUUGCUAACGCUGGUUAAGAUCGAGCAGGUGGAGGAGAUAAUCCCCGCACUGGAAUCAGCAAAGGAUAUUGACCUGCCGUUGGUCAUUAUAGCGCCGCACAUUUCUGAAGAGGUGCUCAGCAUGCUGCUGCUCAACCAAAUCUGCGCAGGAAUGCAGGUGUGUGCAGUGCAAGCGCCUGGCCAUGGAGAUAAGCAGAAGACCCUAAUGGAAGAUCUUGCCAUAGCCACAAACGGCAGACUUUUGGAAAAUGUCGUGCAACUGCAACGUGUCGAGACCCUCGACUUUGCCAUGGUGGGUGAAGCCGUGAUCAGUGCAAAAGCAACGCAUCUGCUUAGGGCACGAGGAGAUCCGGACGAAGUGCAUCAAAGAGUGCAGUAUAUUCGCGAGCUGAUCAAAGAGGCCGGCACCGACGAUGAAGUUAACGAGCUAAACGAGCGACUCGCAAGUCUGCUGGCCUCAGUGGCCAUGCUCUAUGUGGGCGGGGCCAACGAGAUGGAGGUGAGCGAGAAAAAGGAUCGCCUGAACGAUGCACUCAAUGCCGUGAGUGUGGCCAUCAGUGAUGGCAUUGUGCCGGGCGGAGGCACGGCCUAUCUGCGCUGUAUUGAGGCCUUGGAAGCGCUGCCAACGAGCGAGAAUGUGGAACAAAAUAUGGGUGUGGAAGUGGUCAAGAAUGCUCUGCGCCUACCCUGCGCCACAAUUGCCAGUAAUGCGGGCGCCAAUGCGCAGGAAGUGCUGAUGAAGGUGAUGCAAUCGUCGGGCAACUAUGGCUACGAUGCCGCCCACAAUGAAUACUGCGAUUUGGUGGAACGCGGCAUUAUAGAUCCCACGAAUGUGCUGCGUUCGGCCAUAACCGAUGCUGCGGGCAUUGGCUCCAUGCUGGCCACCACGGAAGUUCUAAUCACUGAGCAGCCUAUCGAAGUGCAAGUACCCAAGAAUCAGGUGACGAGAGACUUGGCUAGUCUUAUUGGCAUGUAACGUGUUUUGGACGGCAUUUCGAAUCAUUUUGGCAAGUUUUUAUUCAAUGUUAGUUAAUAAAAACUAAGUGUAUAAAUAAAAUGAAAGCAUAGUAUACUUUA